AAUAAAAUAUUUAUGAAAUGGAGGCAAAGCCUUGGAAAGCCCAAACAAAAUGGCCCGCUUAUUUAUUUGUAGAUAAAGCGCUAACAGAGUCUAUCGCAGAAAACGUUCAGUGACAGAGAGAGCAAGAUGAGCACUCUGCUCAAGUUCUACAGACCCUUGUUCUCGAUCCCCUACUCCACUCGGACGGUUCAACUCGGAACUCACCGUUUUCAUAGCUUGUUCAAGCCCAAAAGGAGAAUUCGUUGCGUGAGUACUUCAAGCCACUCUCAGCCGUCGAUUGGGGUAGGUGGUAAAUGGGCCAAAACUGAAGGGAAGGUGGGCAUGUAUGUUUGUGGAGUAACAGCCUAUGACCUCAGCCAUAUCGGCCAUGCUCGGGUCUAUGUUACCUUCGAUGUUCUGUACAGAUAUCUUAGGCAUUUGGGAUAUCAAGUCACUUAUGUUCGGAACUUCACAGAUGUUGAUGACAAAAUAAUUGCUAGAGCAAAGGAGUUGGGGGAGGAUCCAAUCAGUUUGAGCAGACGAUACUGUGAGGAGUUCAAUCGAGAUAUGGUCUAUCUUCAUUGCCUGCCUCCUUCUGUGGAACCACGAGUGUCCGAUCAUAUGCCACAGAUCCUUGAUAUGAUAAAGCAGAUUAUUGAAAAUGGAUAUGCCUACAUCGUUGAUGGGGAUGUGUACUUCAGUGUCGAAAAGUUCCCAGAUUAUGGACGUCUAUCUGGGCGAAAAUUAGAAGAUAAUCGAGCUGGUGAGCGGGUUGCUGUUGAUUCAAGGAAGAAACAUCCUGCUGAUUUUGCCCUGUGGAAGACUGCAAAGGAAGGAGAACCCUUCUGGGACAGUCCAUGGGGUCCUGGUAGACCUGGAUGGCAUAUUGAGUGCAGUGCUAUGAGUGCUGCUUAUCUGGGUUACUCUUUUGACAUACAUGGUGGAGGGAUGGACCUUGUGUUUCCCCACCACGAGAAUGAAAUUGCUCAGAGUUGUGCUGUGUGUAACCACAGUAAUAUAAGCUACUGGAUACACAAUGGUUUUGUCACUGUUGACUCAGAGAAAAUGUCCAAAUCCCUUGGAAACUUUUUCACAAUUCGGCAGGUUAUAGACCUUUACCAUCCCCUGGCUUUGCGACUUUUCUUGUUAGGGACCCACUAUCAGUCUCCAAUCAACUACUCUGAUGUGCAGCUUGAAAGUGCUUCAGAUCGGAUUUUCUACAUUUAUCAGACGUUACAUGAUUGUGAAAGUGCACUAAGCCAGCAUGAUGUGGUUACCCUGAAAGAUACCAUCCCACCUGAUACAGUGAACAGCAUCAAUAACUUCUAUAAUGUUUUUGUAACAUCAAUGUCAGAUGAUCUUCACACACCUGUUGUUUUGGCUGCACUAUCAGACCCAUUAAAAACUAUUAAUGAUCUGCUACAUACUCGUAAGGGGAAGAAGCAAGAAUUGCGGAUAGAGUCGCUUGCAGCUUUUGGGAAGAUACUUGGGAAUGUUUUGAGCACUUUAGGAUUGAUGCCUGAAAGUUACUUUGAGAUUCUGCAGCAGCUGAGGGAUAAGGCCUUGAAGCGUGCAAAGUUAACAGAAGAUCAAGUAUUGCAAAAAAUUGAUGAAAGAACUGCAGCAAGGAAGAACAAGGAGUAUGAAAGAUCAGAUAUAAUCAGGAAAGACUUAGCUGCUGUGGGGAUUGCUCUAAUGGACAGCCCAGAUGGGACAACAUGGAGACCAGCCGUACCUCUUGCAAUUCAAGAGCAGCAGCUUUCAAUAACUUAAAUAGCUCCUGCUAUCAGCAUUGUUACAAUUUUCCAGUAUCAUACCAUAUAGGAUUAGGGUACUUACAAUUUUCUUUCCUUAAGCGAUUCUUAAAAAUAGGUUUUGGGUUUCCAAAUGUAAUGAUAGAAAAAAGUAAAUUCAAGCUCAGGUUUGAUAACCAUGAGAAGAAAUUUGAUUGACCAUUGAUGAAGUUUUGGCGGCCAUGUCUGGUUCCCCAAUUUUUUAGCUUGUCAAUGAAUGGUUUUCGGCUUUAUC